AUGCCGUUGCCCCCUCCACCGCCUGGCCCUCCACCGAGUAGCUCGAGGUCACAAAGUGUUGGCCCUGGCUCUGAUUCGGACCGUUCGUCAGGUUAUCCCUCAGCUCCUCCGACGCGCAGACCAGGGCAGACUACCCUUGGGCCUAUUCCACCAACGCCUAUGGGAUGGGAGGACGAGCCAGCUCCAGCCCCAGCUCCCGCACCACCUCCAGCAAGAUCACUGGCAGCUCAUGGUCUGCACGUCGAUACGAGCCCGCAAGCUGGCCGACAUGACGAGUAUGUUGCCUCACCUCCAGACACGGAGAGUGAGCCGACAGUGUCCGGACGUUCGAUGACUUCACACUCGGGAUCAGGCAGCACACUCUCACGACCCAGACGUGAGGGCAGUGCUCGGGGCAGCAUUCGUGAACGUAGGGAAGAGAGUCGUGCUGCACGUGAGCGGCGCACCGAACCAAGCAACAACCCUUGGGCACAGGAUCUUGAGCUAUCCAACGCGAAACCAGCGGACCUAGAGCUGACUUCACCCGAUGGUGGGCUGUCACGACGUGGUGCGAUUACAAGAGGUCCCCGGAGCGGCGGAGCAUUACGGUCACCAAGAAGCGCACAUCUGUAUGAUGAUCCAGGGUCCGCCAACUCUACCCCGCGAAUCAUUACGGGCCCACGGGCUGUGUCUGGCGCCGCCCCUACACCACCGUUCUCGCCAGGUACGGAACAUCUUUCUCAGAAAGCCCCGGCAGCCUUCCCUGCCAAAGCCCUCCCUACACCUCCGCCACAUUCUGCUGAGGAUGAGAGAGGUCUGACAACUCCAUCAGAGGUCGUAAACCGCUCAGUAUUGCAAACAUCGUCGCACUCUGUGUCGACGCCACAUGACCCGUCACUUCGCACACCGAAACCGACAGGUCGAGAUGCAUUUGCUCAAGCGUCGAUCGAGCGGCACCGUGCUUUCAUCGAGAAAGAGAUGCAUGCCGAGAAUGACGAGGAACGACUGGAGCUCUUUGCGGAGUUCAUAGUCACGGAAUCGAGGUUUCGGCGAGAUCGGUACUCGGGUGCUUUCGAUGCUAUGGCAGGCGAAGUCAUGGAUUUGACAAGAGACUUGUGGCGUUCAAACAAGACUUCUGGGCGGAGGGCCAUCACCCCAAGUGCCCAGGUCACUCCUCCAAUACCAAGAAGCAAGCGCUCUGGAUCCAUAUCAGGUGAAUCACCAGACACGAGGCCUUCUGAUUCAGUGCCCACAACAGCUGCAAGCCCAGCGUCUUCUCGAGGCCAGUUUACGCCGCACACUGAGCCUGCGUCGCCCUCUAGCGCAUCAAGCCAACGUGCUCGUGAUGCUUCUUGGAGUAACAACUACCAUCCUUCGCUAUCGCCAAUCCCUAGCAUGGCUAUGAGCACGAUCCCGGACGAGGAAGAUUCGAGAGGACGUUCUGCAAGCCGUUGGUGGGAAAGUGACGAUGGAUCGCAGGGUGUCGGCGGCAGGCGGUUGGAGAGGAGUAAGCGAGAGUCGAAGUACAUGGGUUUGGUGAUGGAGACACAGGAAAGCUUCCACCGGGAUGGACAGAACCAGACUACACCCAAGCAUUACCGGGCAAGCUCCAGUAGCAGACCAGUACCGUAUGGAGCGAACGAAUACCCACCUGAGAAGGCUGGCUUUCAUGAUGGCAAAGGAAAGCAACCGGCUUCGUACGACUACUUCCCUACCCCGACUCCACCGGCAGUCGAUCCGCACAAGCUCGAUGUGUCUAGGCUUGUCACCCUACCGCCACCAUACCCGCGUCACCAUCCUGCCGUCAACAACAAUCAUCCUGAUCUGGCGUCCAUAAGAAGCAGCCUGCGAACACUGACCGAUCUUGGCGAUGUGAAGACAACCAAAGCCAGUUUCGAAACGAAGAUGGAAGCACGGAAGGAGUCGGAGAACACAUCACUGAACGACCGACGGGCGCAGAUCCGGUACAAUAUCCAAGAGAACCUGCGAAACGGCCAAAUGAGCUUUCAGGAUGCAGCGAAAGCUGAUGCAGAGUUCGAAGCCCGCGAGCACCAGCGUGCGCAGGACGUGGUACAGAACAUCUUUGACACCUUUCAAGCCGAAGUCGCGAAUACUCUUCAUGCUAUGUUCUGCGAACGGGUCACCAAGGUGACCGCAUCAAUCGAACAUCUUAAAGGUCGCUUGUCUAGUGAGGCGCAGGAGCUGAAUCCAAAUCAAACGCAAGAGGAAGGCGACGAGAAGCCGGAACUCUUGGAGAUGCUCACCUUGCUGAAGUGGUUGCUCGAGCUCCGCGAGCAACUUCACAAGGAGCUGUUUGAGCUCGAGAACGAGCGCAACGAUCUGUACCGAGACAUCAUCGUCCUACCCUAUGUCCAGGCUAAGAACGACCAGAAGGUCAAGGAGGCGACUGACUUCUUCCGCCGCGACGCACAGGACCGCAAGGUCACUUUCGAGAAGGAGAUUCUCAAGCGCUAUGAAGAGUUUCUUGAAGUUAUCGAGCGCAACGUAACGCGCGGUGUCGAGACACAACUCUCAGCUUUCUGGGACAUUGCACCCGGCCUGCUGGCAAUUGUGCAAAAAGUGCCGCACCAACUCGAUGGUUUCGGCAUCCUGAUCCCGGCCCAGGAGUACAGCGAGAACCCAGCGUACCACGACUUCCCGCUGCAGUACCUCUACACUCUUCUCGCACACGCAGGUCGCUCGGCGUAUCAGUUCAUUGAGUCCCAGAUAAAUCUCCUUUGCCUGCUGCACGAGGUCAAGACAGCCGUCAUGACCGCUGGCUCGCGCCUCCUCGAGACGCAGAGACUGCUAGAAGGCGAAGAUCUCACCAGCGUGGACCUUGAGAUGAAAGCCAUCCGCGCCGAUGAAGAGCAGCGGCUGACAGACGACUUGAAGGAGAAGGUCGGGCUUGUGGAGAGCCAGUGGAACGAGGCUCUGGGGCGGGGUUUGAAAGAGUGCAAGACAAAGGUUGAGGAAUUUCUUACUGAACAAGGGGGUUGGGAUGAUAUAGAAGGAACGCAGCACACUCGCCUGUCCACUCCCUAG